CACAGACCUCUUUAAUCCUUAUUUGUUCAGUAAUCACGUCUAUGUCUUCCUCUUCUUCUCGGAGCUAACAAGAAGAAAACAUAGUAAGUUCGUAUAUCUGUGACAAUGGAGAACAACAAAGAGGUGAAAGACAUAGCUGAGCAUAAAGAGCAGCAUCACGCCGAAGCUCCUCCGCCCCAAGAGUAUCAUCCAAAUCGAGCUGAUAACCCCCUGCAACCGCCUCAGUCACAGCAGUUACCACCAGCGUGUGGAGCGAUGGAGGGAAAAGAAGGAGAGAGUAACGUAAUACCAGAAACGGAAGAAGACGAUUGCUGCUGUUGUGGGCCUCGUUGUGUUUAUAGAGUGAUAAUGGAGGAUCACGAUGAAUGCUGCUGCACCGUCCUAUGUGUCCUUAUGUGCGUGUUCAUCGUCUUAUGUGUCGGAAACGGUUGUAGAGAUUCUUUCUAUUAGGCAUGUACUUAUAUGCAAAUAAAAAAGAAGACAUUUCUUUUGUUCAAAAAUGUCUUAUGUAUGCUGUCGUCUUGUUGAUUCCACUUCGAAUAAUGAUUUUAUAUCUUAUGGAUUUUCG